AUGGACCGAUAUACGGCGGAGAUUUUAGAGGGGCUACGGAGGGCUGGUACAAACAGUCCAACAGAACCCCAGUCAGAAGACGAAUGCAAGUACGAAGACGAAGACGAAGAUAUGAAUUUGACUGUUUUUAAUACUCCUAUAGGAUACCUGAAGCGUCCUUUAUUCCAAGACACAACAACAAUCACCAGUUCAAGUCCCCAAGAUCGAGUCAUUAGACCCCUAUUAGAAUCAAAACAUUAUCGGCCUACCUCAAAUGAGACACAAGGUUGUUCAGCUAACGAAUCUUCAACUUUGGAUAUUGCAAACCUUCCAAUUGAGAUCAUGGAAAGAAUCUCGCUGUUUCUCAGUCAAGGAGAUUGUCUCAAAAUUAUGCUGUUGAACAAAUCUUGUUGUAAUGUCAUGAAGACAAGACUUUAUCGUAACAUUGUGGUGGAUUCUCAAGUUGAUUUGUUUAGCAAAGAUGACCCGACGAGAACUUAUAUCAAUUCAAGCUACGGAUUCAAACGGUUUCUACAAAAGGCUUGCAUCGAGGAUUUUUCAUUUGUACAAAACUUAGUGGUGAUGGAAUAUUUUGAUAUGAAUCACUAUGAACGUCAAUUCCAAGCACUGAUCUCUCAGUGCUUAAGUCAUUUGAAUCACAUAAGACAUUUAGAGUGGCUUCCAGAAUUGAAUUCUCUGAUGUUGAGUCAAUUGCCUAAUUUACGUCAACUCCAAGUUCUUCGUGUAUCAUUACCAGAGAACACCCCCUCUGUUGAAGCUGAGAGACUAUCUUUACACAACCUUAAGGUGUUAGAAGUCCUUGCUUAUCAUGAUUGUGAUGUUUUAAACAGUUUCCUUCGAAAGUUGGACCUUGAUCCACAGAAAUUGGAUUGCAUUCAACUACAUCGCUACAAAAAGGGUAAGAUCUACGAUCAUUCAAUGAACCCCACAGCCGUGGAACUCUCUCGAAACCAGGCUACAAUUAAUCGUGAUCAUGAACUUCAACAAGUCAUAAAACAUACACCAAUGACAUGUGAACAACUUAAAGAAUUAGUACUAGAUCAUAUCCAUGUUAGCCAUAGACUGUUUGAAAGCUUAAAGUUGCAUUUCCCCUUGUUUCAUAAUUUGACACGAUUAAAGUUAACUAACGUGGUGGAGUAUCUUGGAGGUGGUGAACUGAUGCUUCAUCAAUUAAGUAAGGUUGUUCGUCCUGAAAACCUCAUUGCGUUAUCGAUAGACUGGAGAGAAGCUAAUCAGGAUACAGUAGCAGAAUUUAUUAAUGGACUUGGUGGCCUUCAAGAAUUGGAUGUUGUGAUUAGAUUUAACUACACCAAGGGUGUUACUAUAGAUGAAACGUUGGAUCAAUAUGUGAAGGCUAUUGUGGCUUCGUUUCGUACCUUGCACAAACUUUCGCUUGAGUUGAAAGUUGAGCAGCAGAAUGGGACUGAAUCAUUUGGAGAUUUGAACAAUCCCGUAAUGGACCAAUUAGUGGACUUACAUCUGUUGGAAAGUCUUCGGAUUCCCGUUAGACAAGGAGGAGGAAUGCAUGAACGAUUGGCAUGGAUGAUUCCCCAAAUGGCGCAAUUACGAUACUUGGAUUUGGUUGGCGGAGGUAGUGGGGGUCAACCUAAUUUAGGAAUGGGGAUGAUUCAUCCAUGUGUCUAUGAUGAAUGGUUCAAAGUACAGCAUGUUGCUAUAUUAUACUGUCAAAUGAACGACCAGUUAAGGUACGUGCGUUGUAACAAACGGGUGUUUUAUUGCAACAAGCUGGGAAUUGUGGAGCCAAAGACAUGGCUAGACAAAUGGUUUGAUAAGCGUGUUAGAGUAUAG